GUCCCACGCUUCCUUCUAGUUCUUUCUUAUUCAUUCCUCCACUGUACCUCUUUCUUCCAGAGGAAUCCAGAAGCCCGGAGCAUUCCGUCGAGCAGGCGGUGAUGGCGACUACAAACCGCGUGCCUCCGGCCGUCGAAAAGCUCUCCGGCGUGGAGGAAAUUCUGCCCCCGGCGGCAGAUGGGCAGAGGCCGCUGCUCACGCCGUUCCUGACGAAGACGUAUCAGCUGGUGGACGAUCCGUCGGUGGAUGACAUGAUCUCGUGGGGCGAGGACGGGUCGACGUUCGUGGUGUGGCGUCCAGCGGAGUUCGCGAGGGAUCUGCUUCCAAAGUACUUCAAGCACAACAAUUUCUCCAGCUUCGUACGCCAGCUCAACACUUACGGAUUUCGAAAGAUUGUCGCUGAUCGGUGGGAGUUCGCUAACGAUUGCUUCCGCAGAGGCGAAAAGCGCCUCCUUUGCGACAUCCACCGCCGCAAAAUCGUGCCAUCUGCUCCGGCCGUUGCGGCGCCGAUCCAGGUAGAUGUUUCGUUAAACCUGCCGGGGACGCCGGAGAACUCGGGGGAUGAGCAGGUCAUCUUGUCGAACUCCUCUCCCGGGCCGUCGCCCACGACGCCUACGGGGUCAUCUGGACCUAGCGGUUCGGUUGAAUUAAUGGAGGAGAACGAUCGGCUAAGGAAAGAGAACGCCCGGCUCUCCCGCAAACUCGCCAAAAUGAAGAGAUUGUGCAACCAUAUCACGGCCCUUGUGUCCAAGCACGCGGGCGACGGCGUCGGCCAGGAGGCGGCGUCUCUUCCCUCGACGGUGCUGGAGCUGAUGCCGACCGCUCGUGCGGAAGGAGAAGAGAACGACGAGUUGGAGGACGACACGUCGACGGAAGAGGAUGCGGCGAUGAAGGCGACGAGCGCGGUUCCAUGGCUGGGGCUGAGCCCGAGGCUCUUUGGGGGGACGAUCGGGAGGAAGCGGGACCUGGAGGAGGACAAGGACAAGCGCGAGCCUCCAACGGCGGAGCCGAAGGAGGAAAGCUCGCAGGAGCACCACCAGCAGUCGUGGGUGGUGUACUGCCCACGGCCGAUACGGAGAGUGAGCAACGGUUCCGGUGACGCCGGAGGUUGAGACGGCUGGUCUCACACGUGAUGCGCCGGGACCGGUCACGUGCCGACAACUGGAUCGAUAGGAUCUCCUUUUCAUGUCUCUGUUUUUGCUCCCUUUCUAAAAUCCAAAUUUAACUAGUUUGGAAAAAAAAAAAGCGACAAAAAAAUUGUGAUAUUGUCGUCAUCCAGAUGCAACGAUCUUAGUGAUUCAUUAAUCUAAGUGAUUCAUAAGCCCUUUUAGCAUAA